CGGGUGCCGGCAGAUUCCGGGCAGGCGCACUGGGCGGUGCGGGGCGGCGGCACUGCGCGCUGGGAGCCCAUGGAGGCGGCGGGGCCGCAGCCGGAGCUGGGCCCCGCGGCGGGGCCGCAGCCGGGAGCCGAGGAGAUUGACAUGUCCCUGGAUGACAUCAUAAAACGCCACAGGAAAGAGCAGACAGAUGCCAGCACCAUGGGGGACAGGCGAAGGCAGCAGGUCAAGAACAGGAAUUCAGCGUAUGGGUACGGGCGGCCCCGUUUCUGCACCUGGAUGCAGAGGAAUUUGCAAGGACCUAACCGUUUUAGAAGAGGGUUUGGACAGCAACAGUACAAUCGGAGACAAUUCAGGAAUAUGGUGCCUGGUCCCAGGAGAAGAGCAGCUGCCGCAUUAAAUGGAGUGAGCCCUUUAAAUCGCCAGGGAUCAUCUCAAGAGGGUAACAAGAACAAUGAGGCUUUCACCAAAAGCAGCAACAGCGGGCAGCUGGAGGGACAGCGACGGCCACCCCCAGGCCCCAAGAAAUUCCGAGCAGCUGCUACCAGCACCCAUGCCCCAGGGAGAAGGCCUUUCCUGCUAAACAGGGGACCAGCCUUCCAGCAGAAGCGGAUGAUGCAGCAGCGGUUCUCCAAAGCCAACUUUCAGAGAGGGCAGAUGGAUGCUAAUGGAGAAGGGAAACCACCAAGGAUGAGAAGGUGGCAAGUGAAACCCAGCCCUGGAGCAGUUCUGACAGUUUCUGUGGCUAAUCCCCAGGCAGGCCAGACUGGCACGCCCGGAUCCAAGCGCCCGUUCCUGCGAAGCCAGAGGCCCCCACCACGGGCCACCAAGCCCCAGCCCAAGGGGGUGCUGCUGAGAUUCAAUUUCCGCGCAAUGGCCAACCAGGUAGAGGAUUGUCGACGGGACAGGCGGCGCCUUGCACCCUGCAGCAGCCCUGCCACUAAGCUGUUAACGUCAUGCUCAGGUUUUUGGGUCUGCCAGUUGGGUUUAUCUAGCAUAACCCAGGAGAAAAGUCCUGUAGCCUUGUUGGCUAGGUUGCUAACAAAACUGAAAGCAUCGGAGAAGACUUCAGCAACUACAGACUCAGCCCAAUUUUCCCCGCCUUUCUUGGCCUGUCCAUGUGCUUGCUCAGAGCGGGGAGAUGCUGCUUGUGAGCAGUCCUGGCUGGGAGGGGACUGUUCCACUGUUGGUGCUCCCCACUUCUCAGAGACACACAGCACUUCUGGGCUUUGCUCUCUCUUUGCUUUGGUGACCUCAGUGCCAUGUUUUACGCUGAAGUAUGGUCCAAGAGUCCCCAGGGCAGAUCAGAAAUCCCGCUCCACCUUCUUCAUUGCCGGUGUUUCUUGUCUGGAUGGUUUGAUUUUACUUGAUGCCUUAUGCUCAAAUGCCAUCUGCUUGCUCCUGUUCCUGCUGACACCUGGUGUCUUGGGCUGGGUGCUGCUUGGAUGUUUUCCAGCCUCACACAGUCUGUCAAGCUCCUUGUCUCCAUGUGCUGAGUGAUUUAAUUGACUAACUGGCUGUGAAGCACCGUCCUGACUGAUGGGCUCUAAUCAAUACCCUGCUCCAAGUUUGGCCAUGCUUUGGCACAAGACACGGGACUGACUCGCUCUCCCUUUCCCCUGCAGACCAGCCUGACGCUGGAUGAGAGGUUCUCUGGUCUGAGGAAUAAGAGGCGCUUUUCAGCAGCCAGGAGCGCCGGCCGGACAGUCACCAUGCCUUAGCACCACAUGCUCGUCACAGGGACUGCCCAUAACAGUCCAGGCCCUGCAACGGGCAGCUCAAUAAAACUCGAUAGAUUUCCUCUGAGAUAGCUGAUUUGGCAAUGUGCCAUCUCCUUCCUUACACGCAGAAUGAGUGAGUGAUUGAGGGCAGGGACAAGGCAGGAUGAGAGUCAGGACCAGAGCACAGGUGGGACACGAGCAGGGUGGUGGAGGGGGAUGAGCACAAUUGGAUUUGCUGGAAGCGCUCUGCCAGGGAGCCAUGGGCUGGCACUGGCCCUGUCUCCCUGCCAGGGCACCCUGUGCUGCCCUGGGUGACUCCUGCAAGAGGGAGGGGGACCCAAACCAUACCAGUGGAGCCUUUCCUGUGUUGUCCCAUGGAUGGGACAGGGUUGAGGACACUGUGCAUGCCCAGGUGGGAGACAGAGUGGGGAGCGGAGCAUGUGUGGGCCUGAAGGACGUGCCCCUGCAGGGAUGCUCCAGCUGUCCGCAUUCCCCAGCAUCCACCUAAUCGCCCCAUUUGUUGUGUGCAGGCAUCCCUGCCUGAAGGUUUGCAGUGUAGGACCCCUCCAUCCUGAAAAUGUAUUGCUCUGCCCCGAUAGUCAGACCUGAGCACCCUGUAUUUCUGUUUGGUUUGCUGUGCUGUUCUGACUUCUGCUGCCGGCCUGGUUGCGGGGACGGGGUGAGAUGUGCUGCUGGAGUGACUGUCCUUGGCGUGGAGCACAGACAGGCUGCCCUAGCCCAAAUCAGGUUUUCCAGUGCUGCAGUAGUUCUGCAUUAGGGAUUUUGUAGGUGCAGCUCCACCCAUGCUCAAAGCACCAGCAUAAUUGAUCUAGCAGCUGCAGGAGGGAGGCCAGGCUCUACAGCAGUCCGAUAAACAUUGGCUAAGAUGUUAAUGAGCUGGGUCUAGACAUUUGUUAACGAAGCCCUGCACCAACCAUGAGUCACUGAUCUAUUCUCCACCCACUGUUGCAACCCAGCACCGAAUGCGCUGGACACAGCCUGUUACUGGGCUCUAUGCUAUACUUAUUAAAGUAAAUAUUUGAUAGACUGCUUUACAUUUUAUGCCAAGCGUCUUUAACAAGAGACUGGACUCGGCAUUGGUUUUAUAAGAAUGUGUGAAAUGUUGUUAGUUGAUGAACUGCUGAUAUACGAGUCCAAUGCACUGAAUAAAAAACUAACUUGUCAAA